UCACUGAGCUCACACUUGUCUCUCCCUUCCUGCCCAGCCAUUCCCUCCGGACUGCAUCCUCUGCCCUUGACGUCACUCCCCGGCCAGCUCCUGCGCACUGCAGGCCCCUCCCCUCUCCGGGCGCAGGCUGCCCUGGAUACCCGGCGUCAUGUGUGUUGGCUGAGUCUGUGUCGGGGAUGGAGAGCGCCUUGCUGUGUGAUGAUGAGAUCUUGCUCUACUCAGAGAGAGAGUUCCACAAUGCUGCAAAAACCAACAACGUGGAGAAGAUGCGGCAGCUGAUCCAGAAAGGAGUGGAUGUUAGGGCCAAGAACAGUGUAGACAGGACAGGCCUACACUGGGCCGCCGGAGCUGGGCAUGAGCAGGUGGUGAGGCUACUGCUGGAACAUGAUGUACCCUUGGACGAGGAGGACAGUUUUGGGAUGAAUGCACUCCUCCUGGCAGCAUGGUUUGGACACCUUCGGGUACUGCAGAUACUUGUCAAUGCAGGAGCCAAGAUCAGCUGUCAAAACAAGGAUGGCCUAAACAUUCUCCACUGUGCAGCGCAGAGAGGUCAUAUCAAAGUUUUGGAGUUUAUUAUGGAGGAUCUUGAAAACAUCAAGUUGGACAAGGUGGACAAGCUAGGCAAGACCGCUUUUCAUCUGGCCGCAGAACAUGGAAAGAUGGAGGUGGUUGAAUUUCUGAUUGGCUCUGGGUGCCAGCACAGCUUAAAGGACAAGGAAGCCAACACAGCACUGCACCUGGCUGCCAAGAAUGGGCACGUUGACAUCCUGCAAAGGAUUGUGGAAAUUGGAGUUGAUCUCAAUGAAAAAAACCUUGAAGGCCUUACAGCUUUACAUCUUGCUGCAGAAGGUGGACACUUAGACUGUAUCAGAAUCCUAAUCGAUGCUGGGUGCGAUGUGAAUGUGCAGACAGAGAAAGGAAUGAACUCACUCCAUUAUACGGCUUUCCACGGCCAUGUGGACAUUGCAAGAACUCUUAUUGAUGCAGACAUUAACAUUAAUGCCGUAAAUCAACAAAAUUCAUCUGCUCUGCAUAUCUCUGUUCUGAGGAACUUCUCGUCCAUAGUCAAGCUUUUCAUUGACUGCGAGUGUGAUCUGGAUAUCACAGACUAUAGGCUUCAGACUCCUCUUCAUAUUGCGGCUGAGAAUGGACGACAAGAUAUGGCUGAAAUGAUCCUCAUUGCUGGAGUAAACCUGAAGCUGCAGGAUAAGCAAGGGAAGACAUCGCUUGAUGUGGCUGCACGUGGCAAUCAUAUCAACCUUGCAGACAUGAUCAUCAAGGCAGAUCGUUUCUAUAAGUGGGAGAAGGACAAUAUGAACAGUGAUUCUGAUUCGUGGGUGCCCAGAAACCUGACCUUUAGACAGGACCAUCGUCUGGAAACACAGCACAUCCGGUCUGUUAUCUGGAGACUAGCAACAAAAUACCUUAAACCCAACGAGUGGAAAAAGCUGGCACAGCACUGGAAAUUUACUGAUGCGCACAUACGGGCUAUAGAGCAGCAGUGGACAGGAACUAAAAGCUACCGGGACCAUGGUCAUAGAAUGCUAUUGAUCUGGCUGCAUGGUGUCAUAAUGGCUGGCGAAAACCCAGUAAAAGGACUGUAUGAGGGGCUGGUCGGUAUUGACAGGAGAGACCUUGCAGAGAGUAUCAGGAAAAUGGCAAAUGCAGAUGAUUCUUCUCCGAAGAAAUGUACUGCAAUGUGAACACCUAUACUGAACCAAUCUAGCCACGGAAAGCCAGUGCCGCUAACCGCAUCACAGGCCAGCGGUCGUAACAGAGAAUCUUCUCAGCACAUAGUCACCUCAAGGGCUGAUACUAAAUCCAAAUAUAUACCCUGCAGUGCCAUUUGAAAACAGCGUCAGUAUACAACCAUCCUGAUGUGACCUACUUGGAAACCCAGAGGUCUUUCUGGGUGUUGGGCUCCUUUAUAGCACUUUCUAUACACUGGAUUUAUAAAACUAUUUAAAUAAAAAUGUUAUUGGGGAUUUAAUUUAUCUGUUCUUUAAACACUUUGUGACAAAGUUAGGCAAAUCCCAUGAUAUAUAUGACACAGCUUGUGUGUAAUAUCAUGAGGGGGUUAAAAGUCUCAUAAUUAUCUGUUCUUGUUUUUUUUUUUACUUUUUUCUACUCUUGGUUGUCACUUUGCGACACGCUAAAGCACAUUAGCAAAGACCAAGAGUCUAUAACUGCAACAAAUUAUAACUUUUUUUCUUUUGUAAUGAAAUUUUAUAUGCACAGGAGGGAGAGAUACGGGUUUCUAAUCCAUUGCUCUGCUCCCUAGAGCAGGAAUUUUUGGUUACGUGUGUUGUGACGCAUCCAGCCUUUCUUAUAGCACAUGUCCCCAAGUAUUGCGUUCUAGCAACUGCACAGGGAUAACCGACUCUCCCCCAUGUGAACUGGGAGUGCAAAUGAGCUUUGUGUGAAAUUGUGAUUGUUUGUGAAAAUAUUGCUUUAUACCGUUUUAUGUGAGCAAAAAGCACAACAACUUUUUAUUCCUUGGAACAAAAUAGUUUUGUAAGAACCCAGUAUACACUUUAGGAACAGAACAUUUGACAACCAAUUUGGGUUUUGGGUUCUGAUGCGGAGUAUUAAAAGGUGCACAUCUUGAUUUAAAGACAUAAUUAAGACAUUAAAGUUGGCUUGUCUUUACUGAACUCAAUGACAUCUUUAGAUAAUAUUUAAUAAAAAUAUAGUUCUGGUACAUAUUACAAUUUCUGUAACUAUACAUUUAUCUGAAAUUUGCAUCUGGCUCUUUGAGAGUUGCAAUCAUCUUGGUGAUUUCCCAUAAUGCUGGGGAUGGCAAUCUCACAAUUAGUAGAACAGAGAUAUACAUACAUAUUGUGUGUUCCUUUGUGUUGUAUAUACAGUAAAAUACUGUUUUAUAAAAAAUCUCCAAUUGGAAUUUAUGAAUGAAUGUCCAAAGAGUGCAGUCUGGCCAUAUUUACAUGAUAUAAGCAUUUUAAACAUUAGCAGUAACUACACCACUUAAAGAUCUCUCAGUUUCAGUAUGGAGAUGGCCAUUUUGCAGUUGCAUAACAAAGCUAGAAAAAUGUUAUGUCAGAGGUGUUCAGAUCAUGUGAUUUAUUUAGUUUGUUCUCCCAGCAUUUCGCUGUACCGGACAGAUGAAAAGUGUGAGCACUGUGUCCAUGCAAAAAUUGUAAUUGGGUUUAGCAGCUUUAGAAAUAAUCAGGAACUAUUAAUGCAUUGUGUAAUGGUGCAGGCAUUAUGUUUGAUUUUAUUAGUUCUUUAAAAGGUUCUUAAACAAGAAGUGUACCUUUUUAAUAUUCUAAAUCGAAAGCUUUUUAAAUUGUUAUCCAUUAAUUUACUAACCUUACCAAUUCUAAAGUGAUCUCAUUCUUUUAUAUAAAAAGCAAGAAAAAAGAAUAUAAUUCAUUUAUUCUAUUAUUGCAGCACAUGAGGGUUAAACUGCACUAACACCCAGCCUUAGGUGCCAGAUCUUACAAAGUCACAUGGUGCUUUCUUUGUGCCAAUAUAUCUAUGCAACUACUUAUGAAAUGGAAUGCCUUUCAUUUACCUGGCACUUUCAGCUCAAAAAUGGGUUUUCGUCAUUCUCUGUCAAGACUGGAGAAAAUAUUAACAUUCCACUAUGCGUAGCAACACUAGCUUUAUGCAAGUAGAUUUGGGAGCUUACGUGCUCGAAGACGAUCUAUGGAAAUGAGUCCAAGUAGUAACACUGACUGCAUUCCUCUGGCCUUCAGUAGGUAAAUUCCAAAGCCAUUGUAGGCUGGCAAAGCAUCAUAGGAGUUUUAGUUCUACAAUAAGUGGGGAUCUAAUUUUGUCAAUACAUGGCCCUUAUUGUUAUGCAACAACCUAUCCUAAGACUUUGGCUGUUAGUGAUGGUAUACCCUUUACAAAGUUUCGAAUAACCUCAUAUGUGUUUAAGAGAAAAUGACUGAAUUAAGCAGGCCAAUGUAUAUCUAAAUGUAUUAAUGACUGUAGCAUUGUUGCUAGAUGAAAGGAUUGUGUUAUGAAAGUAUGCCCAGAUGUUACAAAUAGAAAGCAUUCAUUUCUCUACCUGGGGCACUUAACGUCAGAGCAUUAAAUGGGUAAG